GUGUGCAUUUUUUUAAUUGAUGCCUAAUGUUUAGCUUCGGCAAAGUCUAUUUUGAUAACAAAGCAGUAGAAUUAGGCUAUUUCAGGGACAUCCAAAAAGCAGUAAAUGUGAUAUUGGUUGUAUUUCCAGUAUGGUGUCCAGCAAUGCAUAGCCCUACCAUUUUACUUUGUUGCCUUCUGUUCUGUGGGGCUGAUUUCUUGAGUAGACAGUGUUUUCACAACUCCACUAGAGCUCCACCGACAGCCUGGAGGAACUGAACCUCUCCAGUCUUGAACAGAGAGGACUAGGAGGAGACCUGAUAGAGAUCGUCAAUUCCCCCUCCAGGUGUGACAGUCCCCGGCUUGUGCUCUUCCUCAGUUUGAAUAGCGAAAUUCAAUUGAAUAGCGAGACAGACCACUGUAUUCAAAGCCAAGAACAGGGGGUACUUGUUUUUUACUUAAGACCACCCUCAGAGGAGGGAGUAAAGAACAAAACAGACCAGACGUUUGCUCAGCUCACAGGCAGGAACAGCUCUGCUGACACAAGGGGCCCUGUGCUGUCAGUGGGACUCUGGGAUUGGGAUUUGGAUUGGGAUUGGGAUUGGGAUUGGGUGACAUCAGCUCAGUCCAGCGUGUUCAGGGGCAGGAUCAGCACUGUGGAUGCACGGGCUCUGUGCUCUUUCUUGCUACACAACCUCACGGUGUUGCAGCACAGCGAUGGCCGGUCCCAGAGGAUGGAAAAACAACGUCAGCCCCGAGAGUGAUAAAUCACCGCAUCUGAUGCAUCUCAAACACAGCUAAAUCACCCAGACGUGCCCCCUCGCGGCCUGACGAGCACGACCCUGCAGCUUCAUCGUCUUAACGUUGUGUGAUUUCUUCCGCCCCGUGCAGAUAGAACUCCGCCCCUGCGAUGUCGAGAAGCCCUGCCAAAUACACCGUGAUCAAACAAUGCCUCCUGCCACUCGCCUGCAAACUGCCCUGCAAUUAAAUGGAAGGGAACUGAUGACAAAAUAAAACACUAACAGCCUGGUCUAAUCUUGGCCGGAGGCCAGCCAAAUUAAACUGGGUUGAUUCAGAGAUGAUGCUAGGGCAACCAACUAUCAAGCACAAAACGGAGCACGCAAAAACACAUUUCUAUCUGAUCUCUUGAAAUUAGGCAGUAUGCAAGGUCCAACACGGGUGAUCUUUAAGAAGACUGGAAGCAUUCUGGAAGCCUGUCUCAGUACAGUGUGCGUUUUUUUUUCCUUGGGGGAGUAGGACUCCUCUUGGCGUGGACCCUUUCUAAGAACAUGGACUUUGAAAGAAAUGGUGAAACAAGGAAACCACUGCUGAAAAAAUAGUCAAGCAGGGUAUGGCUGCCUUUAAAAAAAACAAAAAACAUUGCGCCCUCUAGUGGCUACAACUGGAAAGAGCGGUUCAGGAUCACCCUGCAUUUAAUUGCUCAUUAAAGUCCAAAUCAAUCACCUUGCAAAACAUUUAUGAACAACCAAUUGUAACAAAAUGCUACCUUAUCCCCCUCCUCAGCUUGUGGAGAUGCCCAAAGCCCCGCUGAGGGAGGCUGGCGCUGCCUGAACUUGUACUGACAGCAGGCGCGUUCAUUCUCCGCUGCUCUCCGGGAACAGCGCGCCAGCUGACAGCUCACUCUCAGCAGGCACCCUGCUCUGGAGGACAGGCUCUUGGGGAGACAGGACGUGCCCAAGGGGUGUGCUGAGCACAUCAGGGAGAAUAUUCCUGCUCCACAGCCCUCCGGCCACGUCACCCAGGUCAUUUAAAGGGAAACCGGCUGGUUCUGGCACUGAAAAACGUUAGAGCAAGACAGCUUGUGGCAAACAGGCUUGUGCCUGUCAUAUUGGAAGAGGCUGUCGGCGACCUUCGUUGAUUGAUUUCGCGCCAUCCUACUGCUCCUUUGUCGGGGAAUCUAUUCUAAUGGAUCUUACUGCCCUUAACUGUCUCUUUGAACCUUUUGCCUUGACUUGGAAGACAGCAAGUCACGUUAAAACCAGCACGAUGGCCCGUCAGUGUCCUGUGGGGAACACCAGCUGAAGACAGCCAGGCAGGAAGCAGGACCGGAGCUUUCUUGCUCUGGCAGGUAGACGUUGGGGGUCUCCACCUCUUAUUCCCUCCCGUUGGAGAAUAUUCCACCUCUGCUCCACUGGAAUGGUAAAGCCGGGUGUGUUAAACAAAGGACGGUUUCUAUGCUCAGCAUCCAACAGGGUGAAAGCCAGGGAACAUCCAGAUCCGUUGCUUGGAAUUGUGUGACACGCAGACACAGGGAGAAUUUCAUCUGCAUCCCCUGGGAAACGUGAAAGGAAAUUUACAACUCCCCCCACCUCAUGGCACAGACCUGCAUUUGGCUCAGUGCACUCUGAGAGUCCCCUUAUUGCAGGUCUUUGCAGAGAUAAGGUUUCAUAAAGCUGUCUGAGACAUUAAGGUGCAGUUCCAUCUGUUCUUGCUCAUCCUUCUGCAUCGGCAAGCAGCAAAGGGAAACUCGGGGAGCACCGUAAACCUUCGGGGGGAAUCGGAUGAUAUAUUAUGAGAGAGGAUAUCCUUACCCAUAAAGAUAAAAUGUGUGGAUUGUGGACUAUCGGGAUUUUGGCUGCCUACAUCUUCCGGACAAAGAGUGCAGAGUGAACAUGAAUCUCCUCUUGUGGAGCCUUUGGAUGUGAUGGAGUAGUGAUUGUUUCUUCAAUCGUCUUUAUGACUCGAGGCAGUGGGAGUGAUCAUCACACUGUCCUGUCGACAGCCCAUGGGCUAGCUGUCUGUGUCUGACUCUUAUUGUCUUAUUGUCUGGCUCCUGUUUGUGAUCUUCAGGAGGAUUUGGCUAGAGAGGUGGGAGGGGGCACAAGUGAGCAGAGCACGCAAAAGGGCAUUUUUUUCUCGUUAAAAGCUGUGAAACUCUACGCUACAAGAGAGGGUACUGCCCUGACAAGGGAUGUCCUGCCCACGGGUAAAGGAACCACUCUGAAGGAUACGCCUUCCUCCAGCAGCCAGUGAAAACAUCAUGGUUAUGCGCAUCAGCGACAGCUGAUGGCAGAUUCACAGCAAGCACCAUAAGCGAACCUGUGCUCACGUUGAUAUUUAAUGAGUGGUCCGCAAGAGCACAGCCGUUCAACCACUCCUGCUGCCACUGCAUGUGCGCCAACUGAGCUCCAGCGCAGCUCUGGCUUCUGACCUCUGGCCUCUGCUACAACGAUAGAAGCCACGCUAAGACUCAAGAUAUUUGCUCCUGGAGAGUGGUGCCUUUGUUGCUUUGCAUAGUCUGUAACCCUGGUCCAUGGAACAGCCAAGACUGCAGGGACGCCCUGUGCUACUCUGAGCUAAGCAGCACCUCCCCAGCCUUCCAUGGAUGUUGUCUGGAACCUCAGCCUUCCUUUCAACGAGACGGACGACUCCGCCGAAUCACUGCUCGGCCCCGUGUCCCUGUUCGAGCCACACACGCUGGUGCCGGUCACGGCGGUCUGCGUAGUGCUCUUCCUGCUGGGGGUGAGCGGUAAUGUAGCCACCCUCUUGGUUUUUUGGAGCUUCCGGGAGAUGCGCACCACCACCAACCUCUACCUGUCCAGCAUGGCCCUCUCCGACAUUCUCAUCUUUGCUGGGCUGCCCUUUGACCUCUACCGCCUGUGGAGGUACCGCCCCUUCCCGUUCGGGGACUUCCUGUGCCGCUUCCAGUUCUACCUGAGCGAGACCUGCACGUACGCCACCAUCCUGCACGUCACGGCCCUCAGCAUGGAGCGCUACCUGGCCAUCUGCUUCCCCCUGCACGCCAAGACCCUGGUCACCAAGGACCGGGUCCAGCGGGUCAUCGGGGCGCUCUGGGCCGUUUCCAUGGCCACGGCGGGGCCCGUGUUCUUCCUGUUUCACAUGGAGGGCCAGGAGUGCCGGCAGACCGAAGAGGCGGUGACCUCCGGGCUCCUGCACACCCUGACCUGGCUCUCCACACUGUACUUCUUCCUCCCACUGGCCUGCCUCUCCCUGCUGUACGGCCUGAUCGGCAGGAAGCUGUGGCGGUCCCGUGGGCAGGUUGGCGGCCCCCACGCCCGCGGCCGGGAGAGGUCCCACCGGCAGACCAUCAGGAUUCUGGUCUUGGCGGUGCUGUCCUUCGCCCUGUGCUGGCUGCCGUUCUACGUGGGCCGGAUCUUCUUCUCCAGCGUGGCGUGGGCGACGUGGGCGGGGCAGGAGGUGGAGUCUCUGUACGCCGCCUCCCAGAGCUUCAACCUGGCCGCCAUGCUGCUCUUCUACCUCGGCGCCUGCGUCAACCCCGUGCUCUACAACCUGCUGUCGGCGCGCUAC